UUAGAAGUGACUUGACUGCUUCUUGUUCAUACUAUGCAUUCACCAAUAGAAGAUUCAAGAACUGCCCGAAUAUAUCAUUUUUCUUUUCUUUUUUUUUCUGUUAAGUUUCUUCAUACAUAACUUUUGAAUUCUUUAGCUUCCAGCUCGGCUCCGUGAACCAACACAACACCAUUCUUCUUGAGUAAGCACAAAUUGUGCUUUGCCAGCGUCGACACUGGAACAUUCCUUAUGGCAGCUUCUCAGAUCAAUCCAUGGAAUUUGAUUUCCAGCAUUUUAGGAGUAAUCUGCCUUUCCUUGAUGGCUACUACGGGGAUUUUGCUGAAACAUUUGCUUACUAAACAAAGUAUUCAGCCAACAAUGUCUCCAGGACUAACCACAGAAAUCCAGAAAGAAGCUGACUGUUGUUUUUGCCAAGAAAAGUGGAUUGGGAACCAAUGCAACUGCUACUUCUUUUCUACUGAAUUAAAAACUUGGGAAGAGAGUCGUGAUUUCUGUGCUUCUCAGAAUUCCAGUCUACUUCAGAUUCAAAACACAGAUGAAUUGCAUUUUAUGAGGUCCAGUACAAGCUUUUACUGGAUUGGGCUCCGUUACAGUGAAAAACAUCGUGCCUGGUUGUGGGAAAACAACUCCAACGUCUCCCAAGAUCUAUUGCCAUUAAUUCAAAAUUUAAGUGCAAAGAAAUGUGUACUGUAUAGCCCAGAUCGAAGUGCUUUGGAUGAACCCUGUGGAAGUACAUAUCGUUUUAUAUGUAAGCAACAGCUGAGGCGCCCGGGUGGCUCAGUCGGUUGAGCCUCCGACUUCGGCUCAGGUCAUGAUCUUGCCGUUUGUGAGUUUGAGCCCCGUGUCAGGCUCUGUGCUGACAGCCCAGAGCCUGGAGCCUGCUUCAAAUUCUGUGUCUCCCUCUCUCUCUGCCCCUCCCCUACUCAUGCUCUCUCUCUCUCUCUCUCUCUGUCAAAAAUAAAUAAACAUUAAAAAAAUUGUACAUGUAAGCAACAGCCUAUUUAGGUGUUUCUUGGAGUGGAAGGGGUGGGUAAUGAAGGUUCAGCAGUACUAAGUAUAUGACUUUACCUCUUGUAUUGUUGCUAAUUAUCUGCCUUAGGGAUCUGUAAAAUGUUUCAAAUUAUGUCUUAUGACACAAUUUUCAUAUAUUUGAAAUCCUGUGUUUUAACACUGAUGAAAUUCCCUACGACCCAGCAAUUGCACUACUCGGUUCUUAUCCAAGGGAUACAGGUUUCGAAGGGACUGUUUCGAAGGGACACGUGCACCCCAAUGUUUAGAGCAGGGCUGUAGACAAUAGCCCAAGUAUG